CGCAAGGCGCGCGGAUCCGGUGACAAUGCGUCCUGAAGUUUGCUUCUGCGCAUGGUCCAGGCGGACGGAGGCCUGAUCGCCGACCGCUGCGCAGCGAAGCGGUCGCACCGUGUACUUUCGAGCCUGUAUAUACCCAACACGCGCAGAUCAUCGGCACUAGUGCCACCGGUUGCGACCGUGCAAGAGGGAGCCUCUGACAGUCCUGCUAAUAAGCAUCUGCUAUUCCCUGCACAGAUCCAAUUCUCGGCUCCGAGAGAACUUGCGUUGCAUUUAUAUUUGAAAUCGAUCAGGCCGUCACACGUCAUCCUUUACUGCCGCAGAAGAACAACUGCUGAACCAGCGCCAUUAUGUCUAUCAGGACAACGCAACGUCGAACACCAGCUUUUCAGAUGAUAGACGGUGUGCCAAGGUGCAUCGAUGUAGACCCCGAUACCUUCAGAGAAAACUUGAAGUUCCGCGCUAAAGAAGGAGAUAUCGUGCAAUGCACGUUCCCCAAGAGUGGAACCAACUGGAUUCAGUACAUCACCCAGCUGAUUUUAAGGCGAGGCGAGCCAAUGAAUGACUACCGGGAAUUCUGCGACGGCUGGCGUUUCAUCGACUAUAUGAACAUCAAAAACUGGGAGUCGCCCUACCCACUAAGAUCAUUUUCAACGCAUUUGCCCUUGUCCAUGGAACGUGUCAACGAUGAAGGCAAGUACGUUUACUUGGCUCGCAACCCUUGGGACGUGUGCGUGUCGUUCUACAAUAUGGCGACCAGAAUAAGCUACUAUGAUUUUCAGGACGGCACCUUCGAAGAAUUUGUAGACGCUUUUCUCAGCGGAAACUUUGGGUACGGCGACUACUUCGAGCAUGUUGCGGCGGGAUACGCGAUGCGCAAUCAGCCGAACUUACUAUUCCUUACCUACGAGGCACUCAAGAAAAACACUCGAGACGUCGUACUCAGGCUGGCGUAUUUCAUGGGUGAAUGCUAUGGACGGGCCCUAGAACAAGACGAAGGGCUGCUGAAGAAGCUGCUUCAGAGCUCGACGCCGGCCCAUAUGAGGAACGUAGUGGUGGUUGACCUCGGCAGCGAUUGGCACCCUGAGCUGAGACUGAAUCCGUUGCGAGGGAAGGUCACUUGCAAGGAGGGCUACGCUGGCAACAAAAGUCAGUUCGCCUACGUCAGAAGCGCGAAGGUUGGUGGCUGGAAAGAGUACUUCACACCCGAAUUACUUCGACGAAUGGAAGCGAGAAUUAUUGAGCUGGAGAAGACGUCUUCCUUCAUGGACCUGUGGAAGGACUUCCGUGCCGAAGCUUGUAGGCAUUCUUCAGGUUGGAACUGAGUAAAGAAAAUAUUGAAAUACACGCUGAUGAAAUUGAAGUAGAAAUAAAUAAUUCAUUUCGCUGCUCAA